AUGGCACCCACCGUCGAAGCAGCAACGGCAUCGCGCCCUCGAGCAACUACUGCUCCAGCUCGAUCGGCUCCUCAGCCCGCCUUUCAUCACCUUCAGAGAGCUCAGCAACAUGGAUCUCGUGGUCACGCAACUGCAAUUCUGGGACGCAUUCCCAACGGCUUGGCUUCGGGCAGUAACAAUGGUCCCUCCGCUCAACCUCCAGAGGACCUUAUAAACAUCGUCGUUAACAUGCGCACACUCUCGAACACGCAACGCUUCUGGAUCGACAACAUCCGACGACCUCGACCAACUCGAUCGCAGUCAAUUCCAGGGAUCCCUUUCCGAGUCCGAAGGCACGUCGUACCAUCUAGGGCAUCGUGGUUUGCUCGCAAAGUCAACAAAGCUUCCCGAUAUCUGAAGUCUCGACUCCCAUCCCGAGUCCCGAAUCUCACAAUGUCGAUCCGCGAGGGUUGGAAUGCCUGCAUUUCCUUUGUGCGUCGCCACCAACGAACCAUUGCAGCCAUUGCAAUGGGGUCUGUGCUGGUGCUAGCCGCAAAUCACACUCUCGCCAACCACUUCGUCCAUUCGCAGCCCUCCCAGCUCUCUUCGCUCUCCCAGCAUCCACCAAAGAUCCCGAGCCAUCCAGCUCUCUCUCCAUACCCCAGCUAUCUCCAUGCCGGGUCACCCAUCACCGUCCUGGGACUCCCUCCUCCACUGACUGAGACGUUCAUUCCCCCGCUCUCUGAUAUCAAGGAUGCAUGGAAGUCCUUCUCUAGGACCUACCAUCCGGACCGAUGGCGCAUCAACGGCUUCAAGGAUCCAGACGUGGCGCACCAUGCUUAUAUGCUUGGCUAUGACAGCUACACCGAUCUCUGCGCGUACUGGGAAGAGCCCUCCUGCUACACAAAUGUGGUGCGCAUACUCACCGCAUCGAACUACAUUGACGACAUGGUCCCGCAUUUCCAGCCCAACGCCCGUUGCGACAUCACAACCGUGCUGACCAACACUCUCCGCACAGCAGCCGUGCCAUUCUUCCUCCAGCGCGGCCCGCCCAUGACUAAGGACGACCUCGCGCUGCACAAUCCGUGCACUCUUGGCACCGCGCUCGCGCGCCGCGCCUACCACAAGAAGAUGGUAGCGCCGCCCCUGCCGCGCUUCUACGAGCACCCCUCGAGGCUCUUUAGCUUAGAGGUCUACCCAGGCUCGGAUGAGGCUGUGCAGCUCGAGCAGCUGCCCUCUCUUCUCCACAGUUCUUGGAGCCCGAGCAUGAUGCUGCUGCGCUGGUGGUUCGUGAAUUUCUGGGCGCCUGUGUCCCCCGACUCGGUGCCCGCCGAGCAGCGCGAGAUGUGGACGCAGCAGGGUUGGGGAGCGCCAAGCGACUUCGGACUAGCGUGGAAGGGCUGCUGGUUGCGGGCGCCUGUGCCGCCACCAUCAGAAUGGAUGCGGAAGGAGGUGGAUAAGGACGAAGACCGACACUUCCUUGAUGUCGAGUUCGACGAGGAGGACGAGGAUGAGUUCGCGGCAUUUCUUUUUCCGGAGGACAUCGCAGCUGCCAAGGCCGCCAAAGCUGCCAAGGCUGCCGAGGAAGAAGAAUGA